ACAACUGUAAAUUAUCCCACCAUUAUCCACCAUUGCCUGUUACCCGCGCAAGAACACUGGGUGUGUGGCUCUCACCUUUGCUCAUCGUUAUCGAAAGAGUUCAAAUUCAAACCCUAAUAUUUUUGUAAUUAGUUGAUUUUCCAAGUGUAGUAGAAACUGAACUGUGUUGUUUAGUACAUGGAAUUUCUGCGAGCGGCAGCAAACGAAGCUUUUAUCUGAAAAGUGUGCUCUGCCCUUUGGAAUUGAUGAGCUCCCCAUGCCUUUAUUAGAUAUUGCUAUUCCACAGCCUUGUUCUUGUUCUGGAAACAAGAGAUUAACAUUUAAGUCCCAGAUUGGUUUUCAUAAAGAAUAUACAACCGGCAAUGAGAGAAGAUUGCUGUUGGGGUCCACAUUUUCCUGGAAAACCUUAUGUAUUACGGAAAAAAUGGGGAGGCAUUAUACCGUAGAGAGAAAUAAGGCACGGGGUAGAUUGACUAUAGAGGCAGUUGCUACACUCGAAAUUACAAGCGUGCCUCAGGAAAAUGGAGGUGUAAAAGUGCAUCAAAAUGCCUUGAGCAUGGAUUUGGAUUCAGUUAGGUCAAGUUCAUCUGAUUCCAAGGCAGAAUCUUCAAGUGAUGACUCUACAGAAAUGGACGAGAGGGAAAAGUUGAGACGGGAGAAGAUUUCGAAAGCGAACAAAGGAAAUGUACCAUGGAACAAAGGAAGGAAACAUAGCCCAGAGACAUUGCAGAAAAUCAAAGAGAGAACCUGGCUGGCAAUGCAAGAUCCUAAGGCAUUAAUGAACUUUGGCCACACAGGUCAAGAUGAAGCUAAUGAACCUGGGGCAUGCUCAAAGGUAGGUGAGGAAACAAGGAAGAAAAUUCGAAUAGGCGUUCGGCUGGGUUGGGAAAGGCGACGUGAGAAGCUGAUGGUGCAGGAGGCUUGCCACCAUGAGUGGCAGAAUUUAAUUGCAUUGACUGCCAAAAGGGGCUUUUCAGUAGAGGAGGAACUGCAAUGGGACUCUUACAAAAUUUUGAAUGAAAAGCUCGAGAAGGAGUGGCUCGAGCAGAUGAAGAACAAACCGAAGAGUAAGGGGAACAGGCGGGCUCCGAAGUCGGCUGAGCAGAAGAGGAAGAUUGCCGAGGCCAUAACUGCCAAGUGGGCUGAUCCUGAGUACCGAAAUCAGGUUCGCAAUAGUAUGAUUAAAUACUAUAGCACUCGAGAAGGCGUCGAAAGGAGGCCGAGGAGAAAUCCUAGUGGCGAUGGGCUGGCCCGAAAGAGAAGCCCAAAGAAUGAAGCUGUGAGUGUUCGUAUGAGCCCAUUUGAACGAAUCAGAUCAAAGAGAAGUAAAAUACCAUCAUACAAGGAUCCAUUAGCGAGUUCCAAGUUGGAGAUGUUGAAACACAUUAGGGCUCAGAGGACUGCUUCUGUGGACAAAAGAAGUGUAUCCAUCACAAGAGCAAGGCUUUUGAUUGCCGAAGCUGAGAAAGCUAUAAAAGCACUCGAAAUAUCUGCCAAGAUGAUGAAUCCUUUUGCUGAGGCCUCAUUACUCGAAAGCCGUAUUCUAAUAGCUGAAGCUAAUCAGAUCAUCGAGUCCAUUGAAGGCCCGAAAAUCACCCCUUUUGAAAAUGCCCCAGAACCCAUAAUCGCCGAACAUAUAAAAGUGAACGGAGUCGAAAGCAGAUUUGAAAACCCGAAUUCGAACGAUUUUAUGUUGCCUAAUCUGGUUAAUGGGAAAGCUUCAAGUUCUUUUGAUGAAAAGCUUCAGCACAUUACGGGUUCAAAUGGCCACCUUUCACUACAAUCCAAUGAUCUUGGUGGUGUCGAAGCAGAUUCUAAUGGCAGCUCGAUUGAAGGACAGGAGUGUAGCCCGGAGAAUCUUGAAGGACCAGAAAAGCAAAUUAAAAAAGUCGCUCGAUCAACACCAGCUCGAGCUCGUAAAGGGAAAUUAGCUAGCCAAAAAUCUUCGAAAAUGGCGCCGGAGCCUGAGGAUGAGAUCAAGGACGAGAAAAACCCUAGGCCCCUCGAUGAAGACGAUAUCGCCCUCCUCAAGACCUAUGGCUUGGGACCUUACUCGACGAGCAUAAAGAAAGUUGAGAAGGAAAUCAAGGAGAUGGCAAAGAAGAUCAAUGAUUUAUGUGGUAUCAAGGAAUCUGAUACUGGUUUAGCAGCACCCAGUCAAUGGGAUCUUGUUUCUGAUAAGCAAAUGAUGCAGGAAGAGCAACCUCUUCAGGUUGCACGAUGUACAAAGAUAAUUAAUCCCAACACUGAGGAUGCCAAGUAUGUUAUAAAUGUUAAGCAAAUUGCAAAGUUUGUUGUCGGAUUGGGUGAUAAAGUUUCCCCUACUGAUAUUGAAGAAGGCAUGCGUGUCGGUGUCGACAGAAAUAAAUAUCAAAUCCAGAUUCCUUUGCCUCCAAAAAUUGAUCCUAGUGUUACUAUGAUGACUGUGGAGGAAAAACCUGAUGUCACCUAUAAUGAUGUCGGAGGAUGUAAGGAGCAGAUUGAAAAGAUGCGAGAGGUUGUUGAGCUGCCCAUGCUUCACCCUGAGAAAUUUGUGAAGCUGGGGAUUGAUCCUCCGAAGGGGGUCCUAUGCUAUGGCCCACCUGGCACUGGCAAAACCCUUCUAGCCAGAGCCGUGGCUAAUCGUACAGAUGCUUGCUUUAUUCGUGUUAUUGGUAGCGAACUUGUUCAGAAAUAUGUUGGUGAGGGUGCACGUAUGGUUCGUGAACUGUUUCAGAUGGCGCGCUCUAAGAAAGCUUGCAUUGUAUUUUUUGAUGAAGUGGAUGCCAUUGGAGGCGCAAGGUUUGAUGAUGGUGUGGGUGGUGAUAAUGAAGUUCAACGCACCAUGCUUGAGAUUGUGAACCAGCUCGAUGGAUUUGAUGCUCGUGGAAAUAUUAAAGUACUCAUGGCUACCAAUAGACCCGAUACUCUUGAUCCGGCACUUCUACGUCCUGGACGGCUAGAUCGCAAGGUAGAGUUUGGACUGCCUGACUUGGAAAGUAGGACUCAGAUUUUCAAGAUUCACACACGGACCAUGAAUUGCGAGAGGGAUAUCCGUUUUGAACUCCUUGCUCGGCUUUGCCCGAAUUCUACUGGUGCCGAUAUAAGAAGCGUUUGCACAGAAGCUGGUAUGUAUGCCAUCAGGGCAAGAAGGAAAACGGUCACAGAGAAAGAUUUUCUUGAUGCGGUCAAUAAAGUCAUCAAAGGCUACCAAAAAUUCAGUGCCACGCCUAAGUAUAUGGUUUACAACUAAUUUUGGUGUAUUUUUGGGGUUGAGUUUUUCACGACUUUUGCGCGCGUUUGGUCUGCCGGAGUGCCAGGUGGCAGGUGGCUCGGGUUUGCUUUGUUACAUUCAGUUUUAUUUCAUUUGACGAGAACAUUUUAAGCAACCUUCGUGUUUGUGCCUUAUGUUUAUUCUGUUGUACCGAAUUAUUGUCUUUUGUUUGAACAAAUGGACUUAUUAGAAUUUAAUAUUGCAGCUAAAAUUCAGAUACUUUGCAAAUUUUGUCAAUGACAUCGGGUUUUUAGGGAUA